AUGAAUCAAGAUUGGACGAAUGGGCCCAGCUGCUCCCAAUAUGCGCCCACAUUCUCUCAAUACUCGAAGCAACGCAUCGAUUUGCCGAUUUGUCUUGACUCCUCCGAGUUUACCACUGAUGAAUUGGAGUAUCAAGAAUUACAGGAAAAACUCGGAAUUUUGAAGAAAAAUCUCGAUGCUUUAAAUGACGAGAAAGGAAAGGCGAAAGGGGUUCGACAAUUGCAGGAAAUCAAGAACGUCUGUGUUUUGCUAUUGAGACGAGUGGCCGGAUCGGUGUUCGCCCAUCCCGCAAAUCCGAUCUACAGUCUUGAAGAAAUCGUUUCUGAUCUCAUUGUGGCUUGUGAACAGGAACUAUCUAAGAACGAGAGUAAAUAUCAGAAAAAUCACGCGUCACAAAUGGAUUUCACUAGCACCGAAAUGUGCCUCGAGUUCGUGAGAACGCUUGUUGCAAAAAAAUUGGCUAAUGAGCAAAUCGAAAUCACGCGACUCUGCAUUUCGUUGCAAAAAUCGAUUUUCAACACCGUAGAUGGGCGCUUUGAAAAUGCUACCUGUGAGUUGUUGGUGAAAUAUUCCGAAAAAGUGCCGAUCGUCGAGUGGAAAACUUCACAUUUCAAUUUAUUGCUGCAAAAAUCUCAAUGUGAACUCCUUGCAAGACUCUCGACACCGAUUACAUGGAAAAGAGCUGAAACGUGGGCUAAAGUGAUCACUUUGCUUGUGAAAAAUGCUAAAUGGCACAAUACCGAAGCCAGACCAGGUGCAACAACGUUUGCUUUUGUGCUUAAAAUCGUCGAGGUUUUGGAAAAACACGGAACAGAUUUCUGGAAGAAACGCACGACUUACACAUCGGCAAUCUUUGAUCUCUUUUCGAUUUUCAUCGAUGAAUGGGGCAUUCUUUAUUGGGAUAUUAUUACACCAAGAUUUCUUGAUAUUUGUCAAGCUUCAAUUGAUCAAUUGAACGGGAUUUGGUCAUCCGUUUUGGCGAUCCAAGACAAGUUUGCUGUGGAAACGGCUGGGAGAGCCUUUUGGUCUUUUCUGGAAAGAGCGCUGGCUCUUGGAGCUUCUGGUGGAGAAAUGGUGAUACCAGUCUGCGCUGAGAAGAUCACAACGCUUGCCAAUGAUAUAUUCUUGUCAAUCACCUCAGAAUUGACGAAGGCUUGCAACAGUAAUUCACGAACUCCAUUCGAACUACCCGAUUCUCGGAUUGCGCUCAUCAGCCGGCUCCUUUGUUUGUGUGAGAGUGGAAACGUAAAGGACUUCAACAAGUCAGCAAAAAGAUCGCGUUACUUAUCACCUCUUGAGACUUUCUGUGACUGUGAUUGGGAGGGGCCAAAUCAAGCUUCACUCACCUCCGUGACACUCCGAUCUCUACACGCCUUUUUCGAGCUCUAUUCAACUAAAAUCGCAAGUAAAAUCGAAGAAAUCACGGAAAGAUUUUGGAAUUCAAGAGCCAAAUUCUCGGGAUUUACCGACAUGUAUUGCAACAUUUUGGCAAUAAUUCUUGAAAGAGAGAAUCUUUGCAAUAAUCAACUAUGUCACUCAAUUCUGGAAUGGGUUUUUGGCGAAGGGAUGGGACCGGGAGCCGCUCAUCUAUGCGCGAAUAUUUUGGUCAGAUUUCCGGUGGACUCACUUUCCCUCAACCAAAUCCUCGAGUUCUUGUCGAGAAAUCAGAUUUCAUCAAAAUAUGAGCACAAUUUACUCGGAUUUGCUUUAGAAAGGUGUAAAAUCGACGAGUUCUCUUCGAUUCCUUCUCAAAUGCACGGGCAAAACUUUCCCAAGAGUAGACACACUCCAUUCUUCGAGCCAUGGAAGUUCCGUCAAGAGCUUAUCGAGUAUUUGUUGAUGACCUCAACUGUUGAUAUUGCUGAUAUUGUGACGCAAUUGAUGACCUAUUACUGUAAUCAGGGGACAAUUUACGAAAAGCCGGGAAGUGAUUCCCACAAAACUUUCGAAGACAACUUGUGUUCAUUUAUGCUGAUUGGAUCUGGAUCACUCCAAUGUAAAGCCAAAGAAGAGAAACAACCAAAUAUUUACAUACCGGAUCUGGUGAAAACUUGUGCACAGCUUUUUACGAUAAUUUGGGAUAAAGAAAGCUCAUUCGUAAGAAAGUUGUUCUUGUGGAGACAACUGGGGUUGCUUUAUGGAAUUUUGACAAAGAAUCAAGCUCAGGAAGCAAUUGGAGUCUUUGAGAGUUUGGUUGAAAAAACAAAGAAAUGGCUGUUUAACAAUUACACUCAAAUCACCGAUCACAGCUGGGAUUUGUUGGAUUUGGGAGAAUUCAGCACUUGCUUGGGCAAAGAAAUCAAAAAUUUGAUUAUGGAACAAGCGCAUAUUAACGAGAGAGCUUUUGUUGCAUUGAUCAGAGAUCCGAAGGUUCAAGCGGUCGAGUUGGGCAGUGAUUUUGAAGAGAAAGUCUUGGAGAUAUGCUUUACCAAGAAACACCGGGAUCAAGCGUUUCAAGAAGGUUUAAGUCAAUUGCUUCUCAACAAAAUUGCCAAAUCACCAUGUGAGGAUUGGAUUCAACUUCUCGAAAAGUAUGCUGCACACAUUGUGGAUGAAGAUAAGCAAAGCUUGCUGGAAAACUUGAUGCAAUGGAACCCUGAAGAUAACGAAAUGCCGGAGAAUGCAGAAGCGAUUCGGAAUCAAUUUCUCAUUGCACAAAUUGUUUACGAGCCGUCUUCAUCUUACCAAAGGCGAGCCUCCAUUCUCCCACUGAUCGACCCAAUGACUGUAACCAGUCGUUUCACUGAACUCUCCCCAACAGCAUCGGCGGAAAUUUUCGAACAGCUCCUCAACUAUAAAGCGUUUCUCCCAAAAGUUGUCGGUGAUUUUCUCAAUAAGCGAUUCGUUUGGUCAAAACAUCUUCACCUUCUUUGUCUAAUUUUGAGAAACGACGAGUUACUCGAGAUUUGCAUGAAACGAGUACCGGAUUUUCUUCGAGUUGUUCAAUUUUAUUCAGUCUCUUUACUUCUACUCGUUGAACCGUGGCCUUCACAUCCAGAGAUUCGACCUUUCCGUUUAUUGAUGACUGACGAAUUUGUAACUUGCAUGAAACGUAUGUCAAAGGAUCUACAAAAGUUGCCCACAGCUCUCACUACAAAUUGCUUUCCAUCAGCGUUUCGUUGUGAAGAGAGAUUCUUCCCAAUGAUCUCCUCUUCCUUUUCUUCUCUUCUUCGAAAUGGUGGCGCUCUCGAGUUGCUUCCUUUAAUUCGUCUUGAAGCAGCUCGAUCGGUUGAAUGUUUUCAAGAGGCUCGCUUUCUCAAUCUUUUGAAUUCGAUCACAGAAAGUGUCUUGAAGCUCUUGGGCUCAUCUCAAAACAUUCUUUUCCCAUUCUUAGAGACGGCGAUCACCUCAUUGUCUUUUGUGUGGAAUCACAUUAUUUUAGAAUCAUUGCCUAUUCUGGAAAUGCAAGAGUUUGCUAGGCAAAGAAAGCAAUUGCUUGCAUUGAUGCCAUCUGAUAUUUCAAUGUGUUCAGUGAUCGUUUCGAAGGAGAUGUUGUUGAAUUUCAAAGGCUCAAGUACCGACUCACAAACGGAUUUCUUUGUCGAAGCGGCUCAAAGUUUUAUCAACGGAAAAUGGCCAGUCGAUGAGCACAUUUUUUUCUGUCUCACUUUUUGGAGUGCCUUGGAGAAAGCUUUAAAUGAGAAAGAGUUGCAAAUGGAGAAUCUGAGCGAAUGCUUAGAUAAUAUAAUGUUUGUAUGGGAUGCGGUUGAGUGGCUCAGAGCUCACAUCGCUCCAUCGAUCUCGAUUUUGAUGAAUUUGAAUCCUUCAGUCACUCCUUACACUUUCGAGUUUUCAACGAAGAAAGGCGAUGAAUAUUUUCUCAAGCAUCUCUAUCGUUUUUGUCGACUCAUACUAGCAAACUACCGAGAAACAAAUUUCGAGAAGAUUCGCUUUGCUCUUCGUCUCAUGUGCUGCUCAGAGUUUAAAGAGUUGAAGAUUCUCACACCGGAAUUGGUGGACAAAGGGAUAUCCUCACUCUGUCUGGAAUCGAUUCCAAUGUCCCAAGCGCUUAGCCAGCCAGCCUCGUCCAGCUUUGCCAUUCCAACGAACAUCAUCGAAGCAUGCCUGAUCUUACUUCGCGGCCUCGACAUGGAGAAUGCUGUGAUUAGAACGUUGAUCAAAAACAUCACAAAUAUGCCUUCUUUGUCCAUGAUUCUUCUACCAAUUCUUUGUGCUCUCGAUCAUUCAGAUGAGAUCAUGAGCCUUGCAAUUCCGACCAUUCUCCAAUGUGAACAGUGGACUGGAAAAGACGCCUCUUCAAGAACAUCGCGUUGUCUUAGCGAAUGUUUGGACGCAAUUUCAAUCGAACAGCUUUCAUCAAGAAAAGAAACGAUUACCAACACAGAAAGAUUGUACGCCCUAGCUGAGAUUCUCAUUGCUGAUGGUUAUACGAAACAUGCUAAAUUGCUAUUUCAUCUCUAUUGUGAGAGAGCUUUAUCCUCAAAACGAUUUGAUCUUGGUUUCACUCUUGGAUAUUCUCUGUGUGUUUUACCGGCAGAGGCUUGUGAAUUUGCGGCUCGUUUGAAUACAAAAACAAAAGACGCUUCAACACUUAAAAUCCUGCCAUCGGAUAUACAAAUGCGACCACCGAUUCAGAGAGUUCUACUAACCGAUGCUCAUGAUUGGGUUCGCUUGUUGGCUGAUGAGAACAUUGAGACUCAAUUCACGGCUGCUUCAGCCAUGGGGCUGAAUUUGUCAAUGAAAGUCAACGAUGAGCUCGAGAAAAUGAUGUACCGUGAUGCGUGGCAAAUGCGAAACUGGAAAAGUGUGCCGUUUCCGAAAAGGGCUGACUCGCACGAUAUGAAACUCUACUCUCUACUCUACAUGGAGAAUUCGACAAGCAAAUGGAAUACUUUGGAAGGGAAUGGAGCUUUUAUGAAAGAAGAAAUACAUACAAAACUCGCCAAUUCAACAAUCGUUUCAAGCGAUCUAUGCAAACAAGAGCAAGAGCUCAAAUUCUUUGAGCAACAAUUUUUGGAUGAUGAGGUUACGGACAAAAACAGCAACAAAGGACUUGCAAGCGCUAGAGCUUUCAUCAAUUGGAGAUCAGCCAUCAAUAGUCGAAAAACAAAGACGAUGAAGCAAUGGGCUCAAUCGAUAUUCAGCUAUGUUGAUGAACUGAUCGAUUCUCGAAAGUUCAAGCCAGCAAUCGUUCAUUUACAAGAUCUAAAAGAGAUUUGCUCAACGAUGGAAUCCGAUCCGAAAAUGACUCGAUUGGCAAAGGAGUGCUCCUUGAAAGAAUGCAUCAUCAAAGUCAAGACAAAGAGCUACUUGGAAGCAAAGAACUUAUUGAAUCAACUUGUAACGAGCCAACAAGAUCUAGAGGUUUCUUCACAAGCCUUUUGCCAGUUAGCUGAUCUUGCCCAAGUGAAUGGAGAGGGGCUCGAUUCGGCACUAGAGUGCGCGAAAAAGGCUGAAGAGCUUUGCGCUGUGAGUCAAAAGAUGGCAACAGAGAAGAAAGCAAUCGUUUAUCGAAAACUAUUCGAGACUUGUUGCAGUCAAUUGGAAAACGUGGAAUCUUAUCGUGAAUCGAAAGGCUUUCGAAUGAAGCAUGACGCAGUGGUACAUUGGGAUACUGUACUGAAAGAGCAAGUGGACAAGAGAAGACGACAAGAGUCGGGCCUAAUGGACCAGGGAACUCUCGUCCGAAUCCGCCGUGAACGACGAUGUGAAAUCGAAGCUAUUUCUCAAACACGAAUCAAAAUGUGGAGAUUUGCGGAGUCAGCGAUCACUUCUGGAUUGCAAGCAAUUUCCCUUGCGCCAAAGGAACAAGCACCGCAGAUUCUCUUCUCAGUGAUCGAUUUGCUCUUUCGGUAUGGCGAGGAAAACACAGAAAGAGACAAUCUAUUGGAUGAUGAGGAAGAGAUUCGACGAGGAGAAGAGAUGCCUUCACAUGCAUCGAUCGUCAAUCUCUUUAUGAACUCAUUCUCGCACUUUGACACCUCGAAAUGGGUUCUGGCAGUCAGUCACAUUUGUAGCCAUGCUUUCAGAAAGACUCCACUGGGUGAAGCGAUCAAAAAGGUAAUGAUCGAGUUGGUGAUCGCUCAUCCGUAUCACACAGUCAAUACUUUACUCUUUUAUGAAGACGGAGCUGAAAAGAGUCCAAUAGUCAUGGAAAUUUUGAAAGCGGCGAUGAAUGGAAGACGAAAAUUGGCCGAUAAGAUCAAAGCGCUACGAACGGCGCAUCGGAUUUAUAAAAACUUUUGCCAAAUCGAAAUCGACAAAGAUCCACAAUUUCAACUUGUGCAAAAACCUGGCAAAACUCUCUUCAUUGCGAAUCAACAGAAGUGUGAGCUUUUUCAGAAUCGAUCACUUUUAUCCCAGCUGCCACUACCGAUUAUCGAUCCUGAAGCGCUUCAUUUUGAUGAACAAAGCGAACAAGCGCUUGUCUGUUGGGGAUCAAUCAAUCCUUGUUGUCAAAAAGCUGAUGGACAAAGUCGGCCGAUUCUAUUGGAUGUGGUGGGUAGUGAUGGAAAAAACUAUCGACUUGUCUUCAAGAAAGAAGAUGUCCGUCAGGAUAGUCUUGUCGAACAGUUAUUCUCCGUUGUGAAUACAAUUCUGGCUACGGAUAAGGAUCCACAACCACUCAGAACUUAUAAAGUGAUGCCUUUGAGUGAAAAAACGGGGAUUAUCGAGUUCUGCAUGGGAACGACUUCAAUGAAAUCCUUGCUUUGUGGUGAAGAUCGUGAAUCAGGACUACAUCAAAAAAUCCAUCCACAAGAUCUGUCGUGCAAGUCAGCGAUUAGCAUGAUGGCCAAAUCAGUUAAACCAAACACAUCCACCAAUGACGCUUUGCAGAUGUUCGACGACAUCUGCAAGAGAAUGAGACCCGUUUUUAGACAUCAUUUUUACGAGAGUUUCCCGACCACUUCCGAAUGGAUUGCUCAAUUGGAUGCAUACACAACGAGUCUAGCACAUUGGUGUAUAGUAUGCUACGUGAUUGGCCUCGGUGAUCGUCACAUGUCAAAUAUUUUAUUCGAGCCACAGACUUCACGAUUUGUUCACAUUGAUCUAGGAAUGAUCCUCGAGUAUUCAAAGAGAACACUGCCAGUUCCCGAACAUGUUCCAUUCCGUCUCACUCGUGACUUAACGGAUCCUCUUCUUCCCGAUGGAAUGGGUCAUCUUGUUGACCGAAUGACAAAAACCAUGGAAACACUUCGAUCAAAUCACCGGGUAAUUCUGGGUUUAGCGUCCGUUUUUCUGCGAGAGUUCAUGAGCAAUUUUAAAGAAGCGCAUAAUACUCAAUCCUACACAUCGAUGACGGCAAUUGCACGGCUGCGUGACAAACUGAAUGGCACCGAUGCGUCGCUGAUAGAACAAAGUCCCGAGCAACAAGUUCGUCGUCUCAUCCAAGAAGCCACAAACAAAGAAAAUCUAGCCCGAAUAUAUUGUGGAUGGAUGCCAUUUUUG